UAGUGUGACAGUUUUGUUUGCUGAUUUCUGUUCUUUGCCAGACUGUUUCUGACCCCAUGAUAUCAGCUGCAGUAGUUUUUGUGGAAACUGAUUGCGUGUUUCCAUUGGUUGUGCUGCUGGAAGCAUUCUCCCAUUUGGAUACUCAGACGCAGACGGGAUUACGCAGUUUCUAGCGUGGAACUUCAUCGUGGAAUCACCUGUGUUGACGGCCUGCAUCGUUCGUCGUUGUGAUCGGUGCAGACGGUUAACUGCGUGGCCUCUCCUUCACACACGUUCCUCAUCCUUCCCGAAUUUCUCCUCGCCUUCCAGAAACCACUCAACGAAAGAAAUGUUGACAGUCGAGGUAGCUGUUCCUUUCAAGAACUCCACCGUCAAAAUCGGAGUGGAAGGUUCCUACACGUUGGAGCAGAUUCGGAACAUGAUUUCUGCAAAAAUUCAGGCUCCUGUUGAGUCGAUCAAGAUUGGCGAAGUAACGCACAACAAAAACUGGACGACGACGAGGCUCCAUAAGACUCAAUUUGCGCCGGGCAUGGUCUUAACUGCCUUUGCGACGCCAUAUGGACGCCAUAGCCCAACAGAUUUCUCUCCAGCUCCAGUCAGUCCUGCGCCAUCGGCCUCCGUCUCGGCCCCUGCUCGGGUCUAUCACCUGGUCCAUCCGUACCGCUCACCGUCACACGCCAGAGCUUCGGCAGGGUCCAUCCCGUUGGCACGCUCGCUUUUAGCAGGAGCCCGAGCCAAGUCCCGAACCGUGUCUAACGCUGCUUCCACGGGGAGCCGGCCGAGCCCCCCGGUAAGCGUCAUGGAGUCUCCGCCGGCACCGGCACCGUCACGCAGCCGUUCACCAGCAGAGUCCGUAGCUAGCCGUACACGCAGCGCUCGAGGGCAUUCGCGUAUCAAUGGGUCGACUUCUGUUCCGGCGUCGGUUGUUCCGAUGCGUGGACGGCGUGCUGCUACAUCACCGCCCGCAGCGCAGCCCGCGAAACGACGACAAUCAAAGCGCAACAACGUUUCAUACGCCCGGUCGCUCGCCACGGAUCCAUCCCUGUCAACGGCCACUGAACCAGCAGGUUCUGCCACCGCUCCAGAUGGCGAUUAUCCAGUCGACAAAGUCGAGACAAUGACGAUCGACCGCAAAACUUUUUACGUUCUGUCCUGGACAAAGUGCCUCGCCGACCCUCAGGACUACCAUGGAGACCAGGUCUUUUUCGAGAAGUCCACGGCCAAAAUCGAGGAUCUGGUGGACCUCCGGCGAGAAGGAACGGGUCGAGAUGAGAUUGCUAGGGAAACCGAAGCCCGGAAAAAGCGCGUUGCCCAUCAAGGCUCUCGAUUUUUUCAGUGCCCAUUCUGUUUGACCGUAUCCGGUACGAUCGGGCACCCAGACAAUAUGGUGCGACAUGUGGUCGGUCAAGAGGGCCCAAACGGGAUGCACUAUCCUUGCGAAGGUUUUCGUCUCGGACCCUAUCGCAAGUACUACCUUGCGGGGAUAUUUCCCCUGAAAGUUCCUUACCCUUUUGCGUACAAAGACAAGGACAACAAUCUUGUCAGACCAGGGACUCGGCACUGGCCACCGCUUGCAAAGAGGGCUUUUAUCUGGUUGCAUCCGGAUGAUGAGAAGGAAGGGAAUCUGGUGCGACGCAGUCUGAAGGACCUUGACCAAGCGGGCGAGCAGGGCGCGUCGGACGAUGAGGAUGGAGAGGAAGAUGACGAAGUGGCCGAGUCUGACGAUGAGGAUGGAGCGGAAGAGGACGGGUUGGCCGAGUUGGACGACGAGGAUGGGACGGAAGAAGAGGAGGAAAUGGCCGACGAAGGCGAAGUGGCCGGGGAAGACGGAAGUGCCGAGGAGGACGGGUCGGACGAUGACGGCGACGCGGACGAGAUGGACCUAGCGGCCGGAGCGGACGAAGUGGCCGAAGCGGACGUGGAGGAAAAAUCGGAUGGAGGCGUUGGACGGUCGGGAGGCCAGGGGCGAGGCCCGCACGGUGGACGACGAGGAGGGGCGGUCGCGGUGGUCUGCGUGCUCGACCUCAGCGGAAGUGAAAAGAAGUUGGUUGCGUGUGAGUGCAACAACUCUAGCCAUGACUUUUUGUAUAUUCUUUUGUUUUGGUUCAUCCCGUGUCUUUAGGGAAUCGUUAAACUGUAUUGCUUCUUCCUUAAAACAUGUUGUCGUUGGGCCAGUAAAGUUUGGUCAUAUAAACCGUCUGUUUUGUUUGUAAACCGAAGAAACUGCAUGAGACCAUACU